AUGACGCUCUUUCCUUGGCCAACUGCUCUGCCUUCGAAGGAACACAUUCCCUCUCGAGUACUUCCAUCUCUUUUACUGAUCGUUCCACUGAUUGCAAGUUUGACUUGUGUUUGGCUUCUCGUCAAUGAUAUCUGGACACAGGUGUUCUGUACGCUCUUCACACUGAGAUAUCUCCGUUUAUUCGGACAUGUUUUUGGAUCGUGGAUUUAUCGCCCUUCACCACUUAAACAGGAUCCUUCGUUUUCGAGGAGUGAUGUAACUGUUAUUCUUCCAACUAUCGAUCCUCGUGGUCCUGACUUCCGAGAGUGCGUGGAAAGUAUCCUUGAAAACAACCCAGCGUGCAUUCUGGUCGUCACGGUUGGUGCUCUUCUUCGAGAGGAAUGUCAGACUGUUCUCAGAAAACUAAGCGUCGAUGCUCCGCAUACUCAGAUUCUUGUCUCAGCGCUUCCUGAACCGAGUAAGAGGCGACAAAUCACUCAUGCAAUGCCAAGCGUCACAUCAGCUAUUACUAUCUUCGCAGAUGACCAUGUUUUCUGGCCAAGGAACUUUAUCCCUUCUAUUCUUGCGCCCUUUGAAAACCAGAGUGUCGGCAUGGUGGUGACCAAAAAACGAGUUCGGCGAACAACACCUGGAGUCUUGACAUGGCCUUCCAUUGUUAACUUCGUCGCGUGCAAUUACCUCCAGCGUCAUAACUGGGAACUCCGUUCAUCUAAUGCUAUCGACGGUGGAGUAUUCGUUAUCUCGGGCAGGACGGCAGUUUACCGCACAGAAUUCCUCAACAACACUGACCUCCUUCAGCGUUUCUGCCAUGAAAAGUUCUGCUUUGGGGCUCUGGGUGGUGAGGGGCUGGGCCCUGAUGAUGAUAACUUUUUGACGAGAGAAGGUAUGAAGAAGAAGUGGCUUGUCAAGUUUCAGGAUACAGAGGAUGCGACCAUUGAGACGACGCUCGGUGAGUGGCCCAAGUUUAAGGAUCAGCUACUUCGCUGGGCACGCACGACUUUUCGCAGCAAUCCAGUCAUGCUUCGUGAUCCGGCUUUUAUCUCUCGUUACACAUGGAGUUGCUUCAUGGUGUACUGGGCCGGCCUUGUCAACUUUGCCAUAGUAUGGGAUGCGCUGCUUAUCACGACCUUUGUGCUCGCUGAAAAGUCCGGCGACGCUGAAUUGGUAAUCUUCUUGAUCUUUAUGUUCUGGACAAAGGUCAUCAAGAUCAUCCCGCACUUUCUUCAGUAUCCUUCUGAUUUUCCACUCGUUAUUUGUCAGAUUGCGUUUGGAUUUAGUAGUGACAGCAUUGCGAGACAAGUUGGGACGCAUUCUGGUAUCGAGCUUGGUAGGGGACAUAAAAUACAAUGCCUGAGAUUGAUGCUAAACUGA